AUCACUUAUCAGUUUCGCACUUCUAGCCGUCUCGGUAAUCGUCGUUUGAGCUGCGCCAAUACUAGUAAAUUAUAAAGUCCAUGGCGACGCCACUGUGUGACGCGUGGGCUGGUAUCGGUGUCUAGACGGUGCGGGGUGGGGGAACGUAGGCCAAACGGACCUUUUAUCUAUUAUGUUGCAGUGAUACUCACCGCUUUCGCAGUUUCGCAUCGUCAAACCACCGCGUCGAAAAUCGAAACGCUUAUAUUGUUAUUGUUUUUGCGAUAAUAUCGCCUGCGCCGUGCGCUCUCUCAUACGCGGCGUAUCGUCUUAGCCAUCGACCGGUAACUACCAUGGCCCUGCAUGACAGCGCGACGUCCAUCAACGUGGGCAAACACUACCUGGUCCGCCGGAACGACGACUUAUGGCAUCUCGCUGAAGUCUUACAUACGAGGUUCAACGAUACAGCACAUCUUUUGGAGUAUUAUGUACACUAUAAAGGGUUCAACCGAAGAUUGGAUCAAUGGGUACCGAGAGAUUGGAUAAAGAAUUCAAGAAUUGAUAAUUCUGAAAAAAAAUGGGAACAGAAUGAUAUGAAUAAAAAUAAAGAUCUUCUAAAUCAUUCCGACAGCAGAAUCACAAGGAGCCAAAAUCCUAGACACAACGAGAUAAAUCAUGUUCCAAUGUCUAAUGCAGAAAUGGAUCCAAUCACACCUGCAUUUGAAAAAGAGCAUGAGGCGAUAACUAAAAUUAAAUACAUCAAUUUCGUUCAGUUGGGAAUGUACGAAAUUGACACAUGGUAUUUUAGCCCAUUUCCAGAAGAAUACCAAAAAGAGUCUAAAAUUUGGAUUUGUGAAUACUGUUUGAAAUAUAGCAAACUAGAAAAAACUUUCAAAUACCAUAUGAGCCAAUGCAUAUGGAGACAACCACCCGGUGUUGAAGUGUACCAUAAAGGUUCAUUAUCAAUCUGGGAAGUGGAUUCCAGUCAACACAAAUUGUAUUGUCAGAAUCUUUGUCUAUUGGCAAAGUUAUUUAUAGAUCAUAAAACACUCUUCUUUGAUGUUGAACCAUUUUUGUUUUACAUCCUGUGUAAAAUUGACAGAUUUGGUGCACAUUUAGUUGGAUAUUUUUCAAAAGAAAAAGAUUCACCAGAUUGCCACAAUGUAUCUUGUAUAUUAACAAUGCCACCAUUCCAGAAACAUGGCUAUGGUAAACUAUUAAUAGCGUUUAGUUAUGAAUUGAGCAAGUUGGAAGGACUUGUAGCCGGUCCUGAAACUCCAUUGAGUGAUCUUGGUAAAGUGUCAUACAGGUCUUAUUGGUCAUGGACACUGUUGGAAAUUUUGAAAAAUGCUUGUGGAUCUUUAUCACUUGAAGACUUAAGUGCGAUUACUAGUAUCACCCAAAUGGACAUUAUUUCAACGUUGCAGUCCAUGAAUAUGGUGAAGUACUGGAAAUACCAAUAUGUGAUUUGUGUGACGCAUAAAAUGGUUGAGCAGCUGAUUAGUUCCAAGCAGUAUAAACCACCAACAUACAUAUUGGAUAGAAGUGCUAUCAAAUGGACGCCAAAAAGAUAAAAUCUUCGCCCAGAACCAUCUACGCAUAUUAAUUAAAUACCAUAUCAUAUUGUCCCUUGUCAUACAUUUUCAUCAUAUGAUAGUAUUUUAUUUUUAACUUUUCUAAGUCAAUACAUAAGUUGACAUUAUAAUUAUCUCAUUGUGUUUCAUUAUUUUUUUAAUUCAUUAACUAAUGUGAAUAUACUUAUGUCUUGGCGUAAAUAAAUACAUACAUUAAC